UGUCACAUAAUAAAGGAGGGACCUGCUCCUCCGUUCUCCCCGCGAUUCAUCGCUACAUUUUUUGAUUCUUUUUUAUUUUUUCCCUGCUCCCCAUCAUGGCGGCGAAGUCAGACGGGAUGCUGAAGAUGAAGAAGAGCGACGUCGCCUUCACCCCCCUGCAGAACUCGGAUCACUCGGGCUCCGUGCAGGGCUUGGUGUCGGGAUCUCACCCGGGUUCGGGUGCAGGAGACGGGGGCUGCUCGGACGGCGGCUCCCGGUGCUGCUGCAGCAGAGUGGCCGGUGGCGCCGGGGGAGGCGGUGGGUCCCCGGCGCUGUGCCUGCGCCUGGCCCGGGAGCAGCAGCGCUACUCGGUGUGGGAUUGUCUGUGGAUCCUGGCGGCGAUGGCCGUGUACUUCGCCGACGUGGGCAGUGACAUCUGGCUGUCCGUGGACUACUACCUGCGGGGCCAGCGCUGGUGGUUCGGGCUCACGCUGUUCUUCGUGGUGCUGGGCUCUCUGUCCGUGCAGCUCUUCAGCUUCAGGUGGUUCGUCCACGAUUUCAGCACCGAGAACAGCGCCCAGUGCUCGCCGGUGGACGGCAAGACGGCGGCGGCGCCGGCGGAGGUGGACGUGCGACCCUCCACCCCGCAGAGACAGGCGUCUACCGCCAGCAACAAAGCCAACAACCCGGCCGGGGUCGGCAGCAGCAGCCGGGCCGCCAGCCCCAGGUCCGCUUCGUGCUCCUGCUGCAUCUGGUUCCUGCAGUCAUUCAUCCAUAUCCUGCAGCUAGGACAGCUCUGGAGAUGGAAGCACAGGCUCAGUUCCAUCCUUCAACUGCCACCAGCUGUAGCGAAUGACACAGAGUUCCCAGAGUCCCCAAUAAGAAUGGAGAGGUGGUGCACAGGAAGAUCACAACACACAAUGGAAGGAAAUCCCGACGUGGCGGAAGGAAACGUCACAGGGCCCAGAAAAGACCUGCCUCCACCUACAUACCCGAAUUACAACCAGGGAGCACGGGAGAGAGUGACGAGACGCACGUACAAGAAGUAA